UUAGUUUACAAAUGCAAAACCAAACGACAUUUUGACAUCUUAUUAACUUCCUCAAUUAAAAAACUAAACACGGCGGCGACUACAAAUCGCCGGUAAAAGAAAGCAGACAGAGGCGCGCAUAACCAAAGCAUGGUCCGGAGUUGAAUAAUGGCGAUGUUAGCAUUUCAACGAGCCACCAGAUACAUCCACAUCCCUGCUACAGAUGCACCUCGCCUUACCAGAUUCUCUCUCCGUCCACCCAAUUCUGCGGAGGUGGAAUUUGCUGAUGGCCGUGCAUUUAAUUUAUCAGCUGAGUUUCUGAGAGUAUAUAGCCCAGCUGCAGACAGCAAGAUCCGUUCCAUUGGUGGGGAAAAGGUAAUAUUUGGUCGGCGUCAUGUUGGGAUCAUGUCUGCAGAACCUGUAGGGAAUUAUGGGGUGAGGUUGCUCUUUGAUGAUUUGCAUAAAACAGGGAUAUACACAUGGAACUAUUUCUAUUACCUUGGCUCCAACAAAUUUUCUCUCAUGAGAAAUUAUAUCAAAACGUUGAAGAAGCAUAACCUAAGUCGAGAUCCCAAAAGGAAAUAGCUACUUGAAGGGCUCCAUGCCUCCAUGUACACUUUGUACCUGUAUCGGCUGUAUGACACAAGUUAUAUUAAACAAUUUCUUAUAAUUAUCGUUAAAAAGUCGUUGUGGUAACCUAA